CAGCUGUAAAAUGUCAAGCGUAGUUCUCCAGCUCUCAGCAAAAUUUGGCCCAUUUUGACGCAAACACGCUGACUGAGUUUAAAAUAUGGGCAACCAACUGGUGGGCAUAGCCCCGUCACAGAUAUUCCCAGUCGAACAUUACCUGACCGAGCUAAACGACCUCGAGUUUGAUGUCAACCUGGGCAGUACCAGAUUCCUUAAAGUGGCCCGUGCCAGGUCCCAGGAAGGACUUGUGGUUGUCAAGGUGUUUGCCAUACAUGAUCCUACCUUACCGCUGGCCACCUACAAGGACAAGUUGGAGGAUAUCAGGAACAAAUUGGCCCUCUCUGUGAAUUGCCUUCCUUUUCAAAAAAUCACGCUCUCCGACAAAUCUGGGCUAAUGUUCAGAGAAUAUGUCAAGUGCAGUUUGUACGACAGAAUUAGCACCAGGCCAUUUUUGUGUUCCAUUGAGAAAAGGUGGAUUGCUUUCCAAGUUCUCUAUGCUGUCUACCAAUGCCACAACUUAGGGGUCUGCCACGGUGACAUCAAACUAGAAAACAUCAUGAUCACCAGUUGGAAUUGGGUCUUGCUGACUGAUUUUGCACCUAUCAAGCCGACCUACCUCCCAGAAGAUAAUCCAGCUGAUUUUUCCUAUUUCUUCGACACCUCUCGAAGAAGAACGUGCUACAUCGCUCCUGAAAGGUUUAUCAAAACGCUUACAUCAGAAGCAAGCAGUCAGCUACUUUUGCCUGAGGAUGUUUAUAAAAGAGGCGACCUUGUUCCAUCAAUGGACAUUUUCUCCACUGGAUGUGCUCUGACUGAAUUGUUCACUGAAGGGCAACCUCCAUUCGACUUCUCCCAGCUGCUCGCCUACCGGAGCGGGGACUACAGCCCUGUUAAGCUGCUGGAGAAAAUUGACGAUGAAAACACUCGCGAUUUGCUGCGGACCAUGAUGGAAAAAGACCCAAAUCAGAGACCUUCGGCUGAAUUCAUUUUAGCAGAUCAGAAGGGAAAGUUAUUCCCUUCAUACUUUCAUACCUUCCUACAAUCCUACAUGCUUAUGCUCUCUUCGACACCUAUACUUUCCCCUGACGAAAAGAUCUCCAGAUUAUCCAAAGACAUUAAGAACGUGAUUAAUCAUCUGUGCGAAUACGAAGAGGGCGUGGAAGGACUUGUCUUAAUCACCUCAUUGGUGACUUCGUGCAUUCGAGGCUUGCACCACUGCUCCUCCAAACUGCAGGCGCUUGAAAGUCUAAUGGAUCUGGCUGAAAAAGCUUCCUCUGAGACUAUUCUCGACCGAAUCAUUCCAUAUAUUUUCUGCAUGGUGGAAGACAUUGAACCUAGAGUCAGAGUCUCUGCAGUGAAUACGCUGACUUACUGUCUUGGUGCGGUCUCCCAGGUUCCUUGCAGCGAUGCAAAUGUUUUCCCAGAGUACAUUCUUCCAAACCUUGCAAAUAUUUAUCAAGACAAGUCUGUUUUGGUGCGGGCCGCUUAUGCGUCUAAAGUUUCAGAAUUAGCUGAAAUAGCCCUAAGGUUCCUGGAACAAAGUCAGCUGCAUCCUGUGGUCAACAUGGCUGAGGGUAACCGGCCUAGUUAUGAGACUGAGCUGAACACGCUCACCGAAAUGAUCCAGCACACUGUGGAGCGCCUCCUUAAAGACCCCGACAACCUGGUCAGGCAGACACUUUUGGAGAAUGGAAUCACGAGGCUUUGCGUCUUCUUUGGCAAGCAACGAGCUCACGAUAUCCUGCUUUCUCACAUGGUCACGUUUCUUAAUGAGAGGGAAGACAAGCACCUGCGUGGCGCAUUCUUUGACAGCAUUGUUGGCGUCGCCUCAUAUGUAGGGUGGCAUGGCACCAUUGCACUUUUGCCCUUACUUCAACAGGGCUUAUCUGAUCCAGAAGAGUUUGUGAUGGUGAAAGCAAUCAAUGCUCUGACCUCUCUUACUGAACUUGGUCUGAUCUCAAAGCUAAACACGUAUGAUACAUUGCGAGACAUGGUCAGCUAUCUUGUCCAUCCAAGUCUGUGGGUUAGACAGAGUGUUGUCGGUUACGUCAGCGCAGUGGCCCGAAAACUGGAGUUAAUUGAUGUACACUGUAAAGUUCAGUCACUCAUAAAACCAUACUUGGACAGCAGUCUCAUCCAAGUGGACAAAGAAUUUUUACUGCUGAGCGCUUUGAAACCACCUAUUCCAAGGAUAGUUUUCGACAGUGUGGUUAAGUGCAAUGAUAUUGCGCUGUUCAUAGAAACUCUGAAAACUAGAAAGACGCACAGGGAAAAGUUGAAAAUUGGGCAUAUGCCCUCACUCCAAGAGACCCAGAAACAACCUCUUUCAUCGCUCUUCAGGAGACUUAUUUCAGAGGGUAUGACUGAGGAAGUUGAGGAAUACCUGCUCACCAUGUCUGUCGAUUUGACCAAAAUCCACGAGAGGAAGAACAACCUGGACAUUGCGGCUGGCAAGAAAUUGCAAAUGGAGGGAAUUGUGAAUCUUCCUGCCUUGAAUGUGCAGACGCAUUCCAUUAUUCUAGUUAAUCCAGUCAAAACUGAUGCUCAGCGAAACAGGACAAAGAAGCUAGAGCCCCAGUAUUUUCCAUCAAAUGAAGACUGGCGUCCAAGUUACGGCGCAGAGCCGCAAAAUAUCGCCGUUAGGAAGUCUGAGUCUACUAGUGUCUCUCCAUCAAGCAAUCAUUCUGGUAGCAUGAUGACUUCCCCAAUGAUGGACAGCGCUGUCCAUGUGGUAGCUUCUCCAAAGGAAAUUGAUCACAGCUUGCAAGAAAAGUCUUUCAUUCAAUAUCGGUGUGCGCCCUGCAAGUCUGAGUUAAGGGAGUUAGUAUCAAGAAAACAGGAGCAGUUCGCAGAGGCGUGCAGAGGAAUGGGCACUGCUGAAUGGAGUCUCGAGCAGCCGAUUGCUUGGGAGUUGAGAAACAUUCCACCACCUGGUUGGCGGCUGCGAGGACUCCUUGUUGCCCACCUCCAUGAGCACAGGAGUGCUGUGAACAGGAUUGUAACAAUCCCCGAGAGUACGUGCUUUGCCAGUUGUUCAAAUGAUGGCUGGAUUAAAAUUUGGGACUGUGCUAAGAUGGAAGGGAAGAACGUCGCAAACAAAUCAGUUCAAAGUCUGCACCAGCUUGGGGGACCAUUAGUUGGUCUUGCGCCUUGCGAAGGCAAUAUGUCCCUUGCUAGUGCCUCUCAAAAUGGAUUGGUGUUUGUUGCAAGGACUGCGCAAGGAAGUAGCAAAAUGCUGGUCACCCAGACCAGGCAGCUUGAUCCCAAUGAAGAAGGUUUUGCCGUUGAUGUCGGCCACUUUGAUUCUGGCUCACAAUCUGUUGUUGUCUAUGCAACAUUAUAUGGUUCGCUCAUAGGCUGGGACUUGAGAAGUCCCAACAUAGCGUGGAAAAUGGAGAAUGAUUUAAAGCACGGUGUCAUUACUUCUUUCUGUGUUGAUUCACGCCACAGCUGGCUGACCUUGGGAACAAACUGUGGCUUCCAUAUUUGCUGGGAUUUGCGGUUUCAACUGCCUUUGACUAUUGUUCAACAUCCACUUGGUUCCAGAGUGCGCAGGCUGGCCAAGCAUCCGACCGAGUCUUCUUGGGUGCUCUCUGCAGUUCAAGGCAACAAUGAGGUUUCAAUGUGGAAUAUGGAGACCGGAUUCAGACAGGUUGUGCUGUGGGCAAGCAACACGCCGCCCCUCUCACAGUCGCAGGCAUCUUCUAACUCUGUGUGCGGAAUGUACACUGGGCUGGCUGAUAGAGGGGCACCCUUCUUGCUGACGGGCGGCUCGGACAUGAGAGUUCGCUUCUGGGACCUGGAAGCACCCACUGACUCCUUUAUCCCCAUCACAGCAGCCAAUGAAACCAUUCCUCAAGGAUGCGUGACAUACAGUACGCGGCUAGUUGACGGCACUAACGUAGUGCAUGAGCUUAUCAACAAACCAACGACGCGCCACGCGUCCGGUACACGCGCCGUUGGCCCUGAAGUAGAUGUCCCGCGUCCUGGGCCAGAACAGCCAGCUGCUGGACACCAAGACUGGAUCAGCGACAUCACCAUGUGUCAAGCGUCCCAGCAUUUCAUGGUGACUGGUUCCAGAGACGGAGUCAUCAAGGUUUGGAAGUGAAAACUUAUUAAUAAUCCUGCUACUGUGAUAGAAGCGCCCGAACAAUAUUUUUGGUCAUUCGUUGGCUUAAAAUUUUUUGUAAUCUUUGGUGUUACGACAUCUCUUCUUUUAAUGGAAGUCGAAUAAAUGUCGAUAUUAUAUA